AUGCGACCAGAAGAGUGUUAUCUUUUUUUUUUGGUGUGUGUGUGUGUGUUUAUAACGCGUAUUGUGAUCCAUUCGGCUUACUUAUGUUGUGGAAUUGACCGCAGGAAGAAAGAAAGUUAUUCAGUUGAACCAAGUUUACUGUCGAGAACAGUGAGAGAACCGAAAGUAGUCCUCCAGGUGGAGAGUGAGACCGAUAUUCUUGAAGAUGGCUAUCGCUGGAGAAAAUAUGGCCAGAAAGUUGUCAAAGGAAACCCUAAUCCCAGGAGCUACUACAAAUGUACGAGCGCUGGAUGCUUAGUGAGGAAACAUGUCGAAAGGGCAUCAGAUGACUUAAAAUCAGUAAUCACAACGUAUGAGGGGAAACACAACCAUGAAGUGCCAUCGGCAAACAAGACGAAUGGUGUUGCAGGACAUUUUCGAUCAGCAUCUAUGUUGAACAACGGGCAGCAGCAGCCGGCUUGCACAGCAUCUCGUAAGAGUCUUAAAGAUUCAAAUAUCAGAGUGCAAUUUCAAGAUCUACCUAUUCCGUUCGAAAGAAAGUUUUUCAUGGGAAGUGAAUAUUUAAGGCCAAAUUUUGGUGCAAGUUACCUCAGUGACUUGAGUUUCGGAGGUGGUUCUUUGCAGCUCCCGGACUUUGCAAUACCAUUACCAUUGCCAUCGCGAAUGAGUUUUCCUGCAAGACAGAACGAGCCUCGUCUUGGUGACUUUCAGAUGAAUAAUCAUCUCUUGCUGCCAAAUGGUGCAUCGACAUUUUUAGCAGCUGGGAAUACACGACAUAUUAACGAUGACAACAAUAACUCGAGACUACUUAAAGCCAAAGACGAGGUCCAGUACUGGACCUAGCUCUCCCGGUAGCUGUCUUCUGAUACAUCAUUCAGUAUAGAUUCUUUCAUCUAGUGGAUGCAGGUGAACUCACUGCGUUCGACUUAAAUAAUACACAUACACAGUUCAACGUUUAGAAAUAUAUGUACUUAUCCCUAGUCAAGGUGGCGCCAACAGAUGCUACGACACAUUGGAACCAACAUGUUCGUGAGAAAACAAGAUACAUGAAGCAUAACUUCAAUGAAAGGCGAUAACUGUGCAUUUCAAGAACUUGCGACUUGCAUAACAGGCCGAGUAAUUGGCCUAAUUGUUGACAUUUUUACUAACAUGAACACCUAUAUGUUGCUCUCACUGUAUAGCGUUAAGCAAGCAGAUGUAUACGGUUCAUUAGUCAACAAUGAAUACGAGUGGAAUUACCCGAUUUACCUUUCA